AUGGACGUGGAUGUCCAUGGGAUGAAGACACCUGCUAUUAUGCUGCUUGGAAUGGUCAUUUGGAAUGCCUCAAAUUUGCCCAUGAAAAUGGCUGUCCAUGGGAUGAUGGGACAUGUGCUGCUGCUGCUAGAAAAGGCCAUUUGGAAUGCCUCAAAUAUGCCCAUGAAAAUGGCUGCCCCUGGGAUGAAGACACGUGCUUUGCUGCUGCUAGGAAGGGCCAAUUGGAAUGCCUCAAAUAUGCCCAUGAAAAAGGCUGUCUGUGGGAUAUUGAAACAUGCAAUGUUGCUGCAAGAGAGGGAAACUUGGUAUGCCUCAAAUUUGCCCAUAAAAAUGGAUGGCCUUGGAGUGAAAACACUUGCAGCAUUGCUGCUAGGUAUGGACAAUUGGAAUGCCUCAAAUUUGUCCAUGAAAAUGGCUGUCCAUGGGAUAAAGCCACAUGCCGCUUUGCUGCUAGAUAUGGUCAUCUGGAAUGCCUCAAAUUUGCCCAUGAAAAUGGCUGUCCAUGGGAUGUCCAAACAUGUUAUGAUGCUGCUAGCAAUGGCCAUUUGGAGUGUGUGA